AACUGAGAGAGCUCCUGAUUACUAUGAUGCAAGGAACCUCCUUGAAAACUGGUUCAGUAUCAUAUUUACUGGAGAAGAAUUUGGUGUGACAAACUUUAAAGUCAGGGUUAAUUAUCAACAAAGCAGUGUCUAUAACUGGGCUCCUGUGAAGCGCAAGCAGAUGUCACAAAGCUACAUCUGUAAGGCCAUUAUAAAGGCCACAUCACUUGAAACACAAGAAGUGCCGAGUCUCAAGAUCAAACAAUUGUUGAAUGACACUUAUGAAGAGGGACUAUUAUCCUUACACGUGAAACCUGAAGAUGUGGCUGUCAAGCCAAUAGCACUCACGGAUUGUCCAGAAAGCUUUUCCCUCACAACCUACAAGGGGAAUUAUUCCUGGCCGCUAACAGAGCCAGCGGCCAAAGCGGAGGUGAGCUGCAGGAAAAACCCACUGCAGUCUGCUGAGAGGAGCUGUGGAAUUAAUAUUGACCUUGAGCAAGCUUUUUGGGAGAAACCAGAUUUGACUGAAUGUAGAUUACUGGAAGAACUCCCAAAUAAUAUCUUAGACCUCCAAGAUAUCACAGUAACACAAGAGAAUGCACAAGAUGUUGUAGAGCAGAUUUUAUACCUCUUGCCAAAUGCAGUCCUGCGAAUGGAAGAAAUAGAGAUCAUCACAAGUAAAGUUUCUGAGAUCAUAAUGCUUGCAGAUGUGAGCAUGACACUUGCGGAGUCUCUAUUGUCUAUACUAAACUAUAUUUUGCUGCAAGAAACAGAAGAUCAGAACAUUAGAAAAGUGACCAAUAGUAUCCUGAAGACAACUGAGGAGUUAGGCUAUAAGGUGACUUAUACAGAAAGAAAUACAUCAGUCAUAACCACUUCCAUGGCUUUCCUGGUGACACGUCCAGAUCCCAGCAUGUUUGGAGGAUUGGCCUUUGGCGUUACCUCCUACAACAGAGGCCUGGAUCUCAAGAUCAACAUUCAACAAAACCCUUUCAAAGAGGCCUUGGCCUCGGUGUUUUUGCCAGAAUCACUGAAGAAAUUCCUCAGGAUCGAGCACUCUGACCCAGACAAGCAUGCCAAGAUCCAGUUUAAUUUCUUUGGCAUUACUUCACUCUUUGUGGAUGUCAGCUUAAAGAAGGAGAGGUUGAAUACUUACGUUGUGAGUGCCAGCAUUGAAAAUGCAUCAAUUCAGACCCUUAAGGAGCCUGUGAUUAUUACUCUUCAGCACAUAGAGCAUAAUACGGGUAAUGCAGCAGUGCACUGUGUCUUUUGGGACUUCCAGAAGAACAAUGGACUGGGUGGUUGGAAUACGUCAGGGUGUGAAAUAGAUUCUACAGAUUCGAAUUACACAAUCUGUUUUUGUAACCAUCUUACCCAUUUUGGAGUGCUACUGGACUUGGCCCGGACAGAGCUAGAUACCACACAGGAUCGUAUAUUAACUCUGAUAAGCUAUGCAGGAUGUGGUGCUUCUUCCCUGUUUCUGAGUAUAACACUGGUGACAUAUCUGGCCCUUGAAAAGCUGCGGAGAGACAACCCUGCAAAACUCCUGCUCAACCUUUGUGCCGCGCUGCUGAUGCUGAACAUGGUCUUCCUCACCAAUUCCUGGCUGGCCUCAUUCAACCAGCCAGCUCUCUGUAUCACCGUGGCUGUGCUCCUUCAUUAUUUCCUCCUUGCUGCUUUCACAUGGAUGUGUCUGGAGUCUGUUCAGUUUUACUUGGCUCUUGUCAAGGUUUUCAAUGUUUAUGUCCCAAAGUACAUCCUAAAAUGCUGUAUUGCUGGCUGGGGAAUACCAGCUCUUGUCAUUUCUAUUGUGCUCAUUAUAAAUAAAGACUUCUACGGCGAUGGAUCACGUUCAGAGAGCAAUCCAUUCAGCAAUUUUUGCUGGAUUCAGGAGAACACAGUGUUUUACAUCUCCGUUGUGGCCUACAUCUUCUUCAUAUUUUUCAUCAACACAGCCAUGUUCAUCACUGUUCUCCUUCAAAUCCACUUCAUGAAAUCAAGGACACACAAGAGAUCCAGGUUCUGGAAACGAGGUUUUCUCCAAGACCUCAAAAGUGCUUUCAGCUUGAUGUUCCUUUUGGGCUUAACUUGGGGCUUUGUCUUUUUUGCCUGGGGAGCAGUGAGGAUAUUCUUCUUGUAUCUCUUCAGCAUCUGUAACACUUUGCAAGGGGUCUUUAUCUUUGUGUUUCACUGCCUAAUGAAGGAAGAAGUAGUGAAGCAGUGCCGAGUACACUUCUGCUGGGGGGGACGUCAGCUGAGUAACUACUCUGACUGGAAUGGGUCAGGUGCAACUCCUGGAUCUACACCACAGCGUUUAAACCCCAACUCACCAUCCCAGGCUAUGUGGAAUCUAAAUUCUGAUGGAACAAGUUCCAUGUUCAAUGGUUCGGAUUUCCUUCCCGGGACUUCUCCGGAUAGACACUUUAGGAUGGCUGAAGUUCAUUCCAACCCCACUGCUGUGCCUCCAGAAGAUGGUGAGACCAAACACCCUUGCUCACGAAGAAUAUUCCCCAUGGAUUCAGGGCUGCACUAUUCACCGGAAGCAACAUUUCUUCGUUGAUACUGAAUUUGGUUUCUUCUGAUUAUCUAAGGAUGGUUCUUUUUUGUGGCAUGUAGAAAUAAACAUUGGUCUAAAUAAUGA